GCGGAAGGGAACUCGGAGCAAAAAUUCUUCCAUCUCCAUCCAACUUGAACUAUUCACUUUUCCAUAUCUGUACUCUGAACUGGACAUGGAACCCCCCAGAGAACAUCAGCAGUAGCUGCAACCUGGAGUAUUCCAGUGCCAUCAUCAUUACUGGGGCUCCUGAUGACAGAGGGGAAUGGAGUAAGAACCUAUUCCGUGUGACAGAUAUGCACUUGAAUGAGGAAAUGCGCUUCAGAGUGAGAAGUGAAUGCAAGAAUGACAGCACCAGUGAGCCCAGUCCCUGGGUGGAGAUCUCCCUUCUGCCUAAAGGUAUUCUGGGUAGUGCUGCUGUUGACUUGAGCUGUGUUUGGCACAAUUUGGAGUACAUGGCUUGUACCUGGCGUCCUGGGGAGAACGCAAGCAGUGACACCAACUACACUUUGUCCUACUGGUUUGAUGGCUUGGAAAAACCUAAGAAGUGUAUCAACUCCUCUGUAGACCAAGGAAUCUUUGAAUGCAUUUUCAAUCUUACCUUUCCAAAUGACACCCGCACUUACCCUGAUAUAAGUAUUUUGAUCAGCAGUGAUUCUGAAGAAAUUAGGCCUGUGUGUGCAAGCAAAAAUCCUACCACCCUUGUAAAACCUGCCACACCAAGAAAAUUGACAGUGUCAAAGACUGAUGAUACAAUUGAUGUAAAAUGGAGUGAAUCAGAAACUUUUCCAAAAAAUUGUUUACACUAUGAAGUUAAACGUUACAAUGGUGAUUUGGACAUUCAGAUCAUUGAAUCUGAAACGAAUUCUGUGUCAAUUCCUGGCGUUGAUCCUAAUAGCAAGUACACCUUCAAAGUGAGAGCAAAACCAAAGUGGGUGUGUUACAACAGUAAUUUCUAUAGUGACUGGAGUGAAGAAACGAGCAUUGGUCAGAAGAGGGACUCUACAACCUACUUUGUUUUAAUAAUUACCAUUCCAUUAAUCAUAGCAGUAUCUACAGUAAUCCUACUAGUUUAUCUAAAAAGGCUGAAGAUACUAAUUCUUCCACCAAUUCCGGACCCUAGAGAAAUUCUUAAGCGCAUGUUUGGAGAGCAGAAUGAGGAUUCCCAGAGCUCUGCAAAGGAUGAUCCCAUGAAUGCUUUUGACCGGUUAAUUAUAGAAGAAGAAAUUCAUUCUUUAAUUUUAACAGAAACUUCAGAGAGCACUUAUUCUGAAAAAGAAAACAGGUAGACUCUACUUUAUCAGUGAAAGAGGAGGAAGCUGAUUCCUGCUCCCCUACCUCAGGUGACUGUAGAUGUGAAGAGGCCUGUGAGAUAUUGGCCAGCUCUGACCACACUGGCUUUCUCUGGUGCACAGAAGAUGCAUCACUAAGUGGCUGUUCUUCCAUCUCUGCCAGAAAUACUCAUCAGAGUUCAGUCCAGAUGAGCAUGUAUGUUCCAUGUGACUGCACAUGUAAUUCCAUGUGACUGCAUUGUGGAUUCCCUGGCUUCAGCCAGCUCUGCCCUGUUACUCGUCACUUGCACUUGUGUUUGUGCCUCACGCCACACUGUUGGGGGUUUGGUGUUUUUUUUAUUUUUGAGCAAGCACUGUGACAUUUCUGAAGUAUUUGGCUCUAUUUGCAGUAGGUGGGAUGAGGCUGGUUUGCAGUAGAUGGGUCAUUAGUGCUACCACUGCUGCCAGGUGGGAUGGUAGAGCAUGGACUGUUUGUUGAUAACCCUUUGUGUGUAUGCCUGGGCUGGGCACCUCUGGAGGGCACUUACAGGCUGGGUUUCUUGUGCUUCUGCCCAUCAGCUGGGGCUUGGUCAAAUCUCACCAAAGAGGGUAUUUUUUAAUUUGAAAAUGUAUAUGAAAAGCCUCUCUGCUUUCCAGCUGGUGUUCAGAAUAUUCAUAGCAAAGGCUUAGUUUUGUUACCCUGUCAAUUGCCUGUCCUCAGAUGCCUCACCUUUAUGGACUUCUUGGGUUAAUUAUACUUUGUUUGAAAUGAGAAAUAGAAUAUUUUUUUAUUUGUUCUGUGCAGUAGCAGAUAACUGUAUUGAGUCUCACCAGACUGUGAUUCUACUUUGGCCAUAUUGGCCUGAAGGCACCUGUUUUUUAGCUGCUAAAUUGUCCUGAGUCUGUCCAGCAAAAAUACCAGGAUGGACGCAUGAGUGUAAGGAGCUGUGGUCAAACUGAUUAGCAAGUAUUAAACCACUGGAACCCAGCUUAUUCAAAGGCUUCAAGACCCAUCCUUACUGCCAAACUGAUGGAUUUGGGGAAGAGAGGAUGACAACCUGUUUUCUAAGGGAUAAAUUUUAUUCUUUCUAUUGUGAUGAGACUGAUUUGAGCUUCCGCUCUAGGACUUAGCAAUAUAAAACAAGGUGCUGAUUUGACUUUUUAAAAAAAGCUUUCUUCUAUAUUUUACUGCAACAGUUUGACAGGUGUUUUUGAUGUUGUUUUGUUCCUUCUUUGAUUGUUUUGUUUUGAGGGUUCUCUACCCAGCAAAGCUCAGCAGGUGUUUUCUGGCACAAAUGUGACAUUUUUCUGCUCUGCAUUCUCAGCAUUAGUUUCUGCCCUGUGCUGCAGGGGUGGUUACAGUGGUACCUUGAUUGUGCUGGAGGAAGGAGAUAAUGGAAUGGAGACAAAAAGAUCCAUGGAAGCCGUUUAUGGUCAGUGCUCAGGGAUUUCUUGCUCCUUCCAGAUAACUGUAGAUGUGUGAGUCAUGGACAUAGACAGUCUUAGCAGACUGGGAAGAGAUCUCCUGAUAAGCCUUAGGGAGCAAACUUUACAGCUACUAACCUUUUAAAGUUCAUCCCUGUCUUCAAGCUCCGUUCAGUCAAAAAAGUGAAACUAAAUGCUAUAUUUUUAGAACAAAUUCUUCUGCAAGAAGAAGAAUGAGUGCCACAUCCUUUUUAGCUACAAAUGUGCAUCUUUUAUGCAAUUAUUCCCUCCUUAUCAAUAAAUCAAAAUUCUUUCCCCAUUGUCCACUGAGCCUUUCAAAUACAGUUUUUUCCAUGUUUUGUCUUCCUUUUGUUAGUGAUAGAAAGGGGAGUAGAAAUGUAGCAGAACCAGCAGACCCCCUAUUAGCAUAUGCCUUUUACCUCCAAUCAGGCUAAAAAACCCCCAACAUUAUAAAAAAUAUAA